AUGCCCAUCUUACUUUUCCUACAUGGGCGAGGCUCCAGGCGUACCGACAUAUAUUAUCCGCGUGACGUUAUGUGUAUUGAAUGGGUGAUUGGAAUGUGA